AUCACUUCAGAUGUAUCCAACGUGGGACGAAAGAACGUCGGGAUAAAAAGAAAGUAAAGUCCGGGAGGGGGAAAAACAAGCGGUGGAAACGGUCAGAAGCGCGAGGUGAAUUUGUGAGUUAUCGGAGUUUUCGGACCGUUCCUUUAAAACCGCGCGCAGUGUUGCUGGAGAGAGAGAGAGAGAGAGAGAAAGUGAACCAACGCGAGCCGCAAAGUUCACAACAGUCGGACGGAUUCACGGGAACCGUUUCGCUUCAAAAGUGGUUUAUUUUUAUUCGCUUGAGUGAUACAAACUUCUGCAUUCGCAGUUUGGAAACUUUCCAUCAAAUCCGUGAAGAAGCGAGAGCCGCAAACUUUUUUAAAAGUGCGGGUUUUCCUCAGGAAAAGUUUCUUUAAAGCGCCGACGAUCCCAGAUUUUCUUCCACACGCUCGUAUGGAGUUAACGGACGCGAGCUACUAUGUUUUCACGUCUCCUAAUAACGAAUCGCUUGGGAUCAAAACAUUUUAAGAACUUCAGAAACACCGUUGACGAUUUAAACUCGUCAAACUACAUUUGAUCCAGUGGAUCUCUCUUGCCAAAACAAAGCGCCUGUCGAACUCCCAUCCAGACCCCCUUUUCAACCUUUUAAGGACAACUGCAUUUAGUUUUGGCUUCUGGACAAGUUUCUUGUAUUGCCUCGUCGUGAUUCACCUUUGAUUUACUUACGUGGUGCAGCGGCAGGGGAGAUAAAAUUUUACUGUGGACCGUUUUCAAGUCCAGGACUGAUGCAUUGCCCAAAAACAACGCAGUAUAAUUUGAUAUUACCGUUGGGUAAACAAACAACUUAAUGAAGGCGAAUUACUCGGACUCUGAGAAACUCAAUAGGUUCGAGCUGUCCGUUUGUGGAUGAGAGAGAUCAGUCGUUAAGCGCUGAGACAACUGGAUACAAAAUGGCGGCGUGGCUGGGACAGAUGGGAUCACUUUCAUAUCAUGUGUUUUAUUGGCUUUUGACGCUGGAACUGUUAAUCAAUUAUGGCGCACCGUGUCCUCAAAACUGUACGUGUACGCUUGAUACGACCGACUGCAGCCGUUUAGACAUUACUGAUGUCCCUCAAGACUUGCCUAAGAGCACUGUGCAUCUAAAUCUGAGCCACAACAAGCUGGCGGCAGUCGAUAUGGACAUCCUCUCCAAUCUGCCCAACCUGAGAGAAGUGAGGCUUGACCACAAUGAGCUGACAUCCAUCCCUUUAUUUGGAGACGCAGCAGCGACAGUCGUUACCCUGCUCUUGCACCAUAAUAAAAUCCGCAGACUGGAGGGGAGCCUGCUGCAGAACUUCACUGCUCUGGAGACUCUAGAUCUGAGUAAUAAUGACAUCACGGAGCUGAGAGAGCACUGCUUCCCUCCGGGGUUACAAAUCAAGGACCUGCACCUGAGCAGUAAUAAGAUUGUUCAUCUGGAGUUCGGGGCAUUUAAGAACCUCGCCGGGAGUCUGCAGAUCCUCAGACUGAGCCGGAACCGACUGACCCAACUUCCUGUUAAAGGCCUGGAGCUGCCUAAGCUCACUCAACUGGAGCUGAGCAGGAACAAGUUGCGGUUGAUAGAGGGACUCACCUUCCAGGGUUUGAGCAGUUUAGAAGUUCUCAAGCUUCAGAGAAACAACAUCAGCAAGCUGACGGAUGGGGCCUUCUGGGGUCUGGCCCGGAUGAGAGUUCUACACCUGGACUAUAACAGCCUACGGGAGGUGAACAGCGGCUCUCUGUACGGACUGGAGUCGCUCCUGCAGCUCUAUCUCUCCAACAACUCCAUCUCUAACUUCAACCCUGAAGGCUGGGGCUUCUGUGAGAGACUUCGAGAACUGAACUUGUCCUAUAAUAACCUGACGAAGUUGUCCGAGGGUGGAUUUGCUAAGUUGGUGAAUCUGAUGUCGCUGCGUUUGGGACACAAUUCCAUCAGUCACAUCACGGAGGGAGCGUUUAGAGGCCUUAGUUCCCUACGGACGCUGGAGUUGGACCACAAUGACAUCUCGGGCACUAUAGAGGACACCAAUGGGGCCUUUACUGGCCUGGAAAACCUCAACAAGCUAACUCUGUUUGGAAACAAGAUCAAGUCGGUGGCCAAGAAAGCCUUCUCGGGCCUGGAGGCUCUGGAGCACCUGAACUUGGGGGAAAAUGCCAUCCGCUCCAUCCAACCCGAGGCGUUUGGCAAGAUGAAGAACCUGCGUUACCUUCAUAUUCAGAGUGAUAGUUUUCUGUGCGACUGCCAGCUGCACUGGUUUCCGGAGUGGCUGGUAACACGAGGGCUGAAACCUGGUGUUCAGGCCACAUGUGCCCACCCAGAGAGUCUAAAGGGCACCAGCAUCUAUCAGGCCCCACCACAGAGCUUUGUUUGUGAUGACCUUCCCAAACCACAGAUCACCGUUCACCCGGUCACCACGGCCGCAGUAUUGGGCAAAGAUGUGCGUCUGACCUGCACGGCCGCCAGCAGCAGCAGCUCACCCAUGACCUUCACCUGGCUCAAGGACCAGGAGACGCUACGUCAAGCCGAGGUGGAGAAUUUCGCCCACGUGCGGGCCAGUGACGGGGGAGUGAUGGAGUACACCACUAUCCUCCACCUUCGACAUGUAACCUUCAACCAUGAGGGCCGCUACCAGUGCAUCAUCAGCAAUCACUUUGGCUCCUCCUACUCUAACAAGGCCCGCGUCACUGUAAACGUGCUCCCUUCAUUUGUCAAGACUCCACGCGACAUCACGAUCCGCACGGGCACUAAGGCACGGUUGGAGUGUGCGGCUGAAGGCCAUCCCACUCCCCAAGUGGCGUGGCAGAAAGAUGGCGGUACAGAUUUUCCUGCCGCUCGAGAGCGCCGCAUGCGUGUGAUGCCUGAUGACGACGUUUUCUUUAUUAUGGACGUGAAGCCUGAGGAUAUGGGUGUGUACAGCUGCACGGCAAAGAACACGGCGGGGAUGAUCUCUGCAAACGUCACUCUAACAGUGCUAGAGACCCCACAUCUGGCACAGGAAAUGGAGGACCGAAAUGUGGUGGUGGGCGAGACAGUUGCGUUGCAGUGCAAGGCUCUAGGCAGCCCACCUCCUCGCAUCACCUGGCUAAAGGGGGAGGAGCCUCUCCGACCCAGCGACCGCCACUACUUCACCCCAGGGAAUCAGCUCUUGGUGAUCGGCAGCACCACCUUAGAGGACGCUGGACGCUACACCUGCGUCAUGUCCAACACGCUCGGCACGGAGCGCGCUCACUGCCAGCUCAAUGUUUACCAGCGCUUUGAGGACUGCGCGCCUUUUUCAAGCCCCAGCACGGUUACUGUGGGAAUCAUCGUCAUCGCUGUGGUCACCAGUAUAGUGGUGACGUCACUAGUUUGGGUGUGUAUCAUCUACCAGACGAGGAAGAAGAGUGAAGAGUGCAGUGUAAAUACGGACGAGACAAUUGUCCCUCCUGAUGUCCCCAGUUACCUGUCCUCUCAGGGCACCUUAUCAGAGAGACAAGAUGUGUGUAUACGAGUGGAGUCCAAUGGUGGAUCUCAACCCAAUGGACGCAUAGAAAACAAUGGCUACGAUGGGCCAGUCGUGUGCACAGACUGCUUGGAAAACGGUACCAGCUACUCUAAACACUGUAACUACCUCCCUCACGGGAUAGCGCCCCCUUCAGGCCUGGAGUAUCAGCAGACGCACCAAACAUCAACUUUCAACAGCCACAAUGAACCACACUGCAAUGGCACACCCAACGGGGUCAGGAAAGACAGCCAAACUCCCAUCUUUCCCACCAACCACGACAGGGUGACAAUGUCACCCUCGUCGCACCAGUACGACGACCGAAAAGGAUUGUUGGUGAAUAGGUCAGACACCCCUCCAUCACUUGAAGAGAGCUACCAUCGGCCAGUAAAGCUCCUGUCUGGGGACUGUGACAUUGGGUCCGAGCUUAAACAGACUCUAUUACCCAACGGACACGCACAUACGCCCGACGCCACCCUGAGCGAGAGCGAAUCCUUCAGGCGGCCCAGCGACUAACCACCAACCCUCUUCUUUAUCCUUUUGCACUGAGAACUGCUACCUCACACUGAGGGGCACAGACAAAGCUGCCCCCAUCUAUCUGAAUGCAGAAUAGGGGCGUCCGGAGUUUGAAGGCGAAGCUUGAGUGGGGCGAUGACGUCCCAUGGCGAGCGUUAAUGAUGUAUAUAGAUAUAAUCCUCCUCAGGGAGGCUUCGUUCACACUUCAGAAAUGUGACUUGCAUUUGACGCAUGCAAAAAUGUAUGACAGAGUGCUAUAACGUUGGGCUUUGAGCUGUACAUAAGAGUUUUCGUAUAUAUAAAUAUAUGAAUGUAUGUAUUCUAUAACUUUUACAGAAGAGUGUUUAACUCUAUUCGGUGCAUGGUGAGAUCAGAGUGGUUAUAUUUUAUUUUUAUUUCUUUUUUUGAACAGAUCUCUCCUGCUUUUCCCGGUUUUAUGAGCAGUGCCUUAUUGCAAGAUCAAAGAAUCCACAAUUCAGUUUUUUGUUGGGAGAUGUCUGUAUACUUUCCCGCUCAUAAAUGGGAAUUUUGUCAUGCACUUGGAAGACAACUCAAUCAUAAUCGAUCGCCUUAAAGGAAUAUUCCAGGUUAAAUACAAGAUAAAGGGUUCUGGAAAUAUCAGGGAAUUUACCUUUUUUUUUCUUUUCUCAAAACAGAAAAUGCCACAAUACCAUUGAAAAGUUGGGGGUCAGUAAGAAUUAAUUUUUUAAAAAUUAAUACUUUUAUUUAGCAAGAAUGCAUUACAUUGAGCAAAAGUGACAGUUAAGACAUUUACAAUGUUUUAAACUUUUGAACUUUCAACUCAUAAAAGAAUUCUAAAAAUGUAGCACUAUUUCAAAAUGUUACAUUCAGUUAUAUUUAAAACGUUACAUUUAAAUAAUUCACAAUAUUACUGUUUUUAGUGUAUUGUUUUGAUCAAAUUAAUACAGCCUUGGUGAGUUUAAUAAUUUAAAAAAAAGUAAUUUCUUGUGAAUUUAUAUUUACAGCAAAAAAUACAUAUUUGUAAAUGUAUAUUUAUAUUUCUGAAGAGUUUAAUUGGCUAGAAUAUUUUUUUUGUUGUUGUAAAUGCAAUGUGUGGAAACUCUAAAGUCUGUGGCUUUUUCAUUUUCCCACAAAAAUUAUUUCAAUUCAUACUUUAGUUUGUAAAAACAAACAAAAAACUGUGUGCAGAAAGGCAUUUACAAUACAAUAGAUAACAAACUACUGUAUUUGUCAUCAAUAACUGGUGUUUAAUCUGGAAUAUUCCUUUGUCAGAAUAUAUAUGUACUGGUCUGUGAUGAAGGAAGAGCUCUGCAUUGAAUUUUCAGGUCUGAUAUUGUACAAAAACAACAUUGGCAUAAGGGAAAAUAUAAGCACUUUGAUAAAUCAUUUUUACAUCUUGAGAUUCUGAUACAAUCGAGUCUCUUCCGUUAACAAAGGUACAUGCCACCAAAAGCUGCUUCGCUCACCUACAUACCUGUGGUAUUUGAAAUGAUGUAUUUGUUGACAGUCUUUUUUAACAUAUUUGGGGAAAUAACAAAUUAUCCAAAAAUAAUAUUUAGAGAGAUUCGUUCUAACAGUGACUUCUAGCUAACGGCUAAACUGAAUGCUGCCAAAUCAAGAAAGGGAAAGACUGUCUCUCUAGGAAACUCAAGCUAAAAACCACACAGAAUGUCUUCACGUAAAGGGAAUAAGUGAACACCUUGUCAGACGAUCUCUCAGAGUCUUUGGUAAAGACUAAAGCAGCUAAUGUUUAAGCUACAUUUAUUAGUUAGCCUGAGCCAAACCGGUUCAUGUCGACAGCCAAAUAGGCCAAAUAGUGAAAAACAUCAGUACUACUAAACUAAAGUUGGAUUACAACACGUGCCAGUUUAUCCCCAAAAACUAUUGAAAUGCACCAUAGCAGUACUGUGGUUAGCUGGUUAAUUGUGUAAUCCAGAUCUGUGAAUUACCCCACUAAUUCAACUAGGUUAACUCUACGGAUGUGUGGGUCACCCUGUUUCAUACCAGAUUAAUUUAUUGAACUGAACUCUAAUCACAGCUGUUCACCCACACGGCUAAAACUGUUGAAGUGUCAAAAUGGCAGGUGUUUAUUAAAGUCACAUUUUGCUCUUUUA